AUGUUCGGUUUCGGAAUCUGGGUUUUGAUCAGCAAGAGCGCCUUCAUUCCGUUUCUGCAGUUUCUGACACCCUCCUUCAACAAGCUGCUGUACAUUUUCAUUGCAGUGGGGGCUUUCACUAUGAUUCUUGCCUUAAGUGGCAUCCUGGGAGUCUUCUGGGGAAAGCGAUAUAUUUUGUUCCUCUAUAUCCCCCUCCUGUUACUCAUUUUCCUCCUCCACUUAAUUCCUGGCUUGUUCAUCUACCUCCGGCAGCUGAUGAUUGAAGAAAACAUCUCCAAGAGCAUCAUCAGCCUCAUCCAGACCUAUAACCCAACUGACACCACCAAUCAGACCAAAGAGAUUGCUUGGGAUUAUGCCCAGUUCAAACUCUCUUGCUGUGGCUGGACCGGGCUAGAAAACUGGCGAAACAACACUUUCUUCCAAGGCAAGGCAGGAACCUAUCCAUGUUCUUGCAGCAAUCACAUAACCAACUUCCAGACAGCGCUGGGCGUCUGCACGUUGGACACCAUUUCCUAUAAAGCUGCCGUGGAUGACUGGCCUGUGAAAAACCAGGGAUGUGAGACCACCUUUUUUGAGUCCCCUGUGAGACUGCUGCCUCUCAGCCAAAGUUUCACGCUGGUGUGA